CAACUUAAAACAGCUGAUUGCAAGCCGCAUUUAAUUUCUUUAGAUUUUGUUAGUUGUUUAAUUAAGCUUACACAAUGCGUAUAACCCAGUUUUUAGCCAGUAAAUUAAAGAACUUUUCCAAUUUGCCUAAGGAAUACAUCGAGCGCAGCAAAAAGCAGGUGUACUGGCAAACUCCUAAGGAGCUUAAUUACCUGCCCCGGACAGUGGAACGCAAGCGUUUCCGCUACACCACUAACCGCCCAUGGACGGGACAAUUUCGGCAACAAAAUAUGCCCGGAACAGUGCGUCGCAAGGUCCUCGUGGAACCAAUUGAGGAGUGGAGCUUCUUCCGCGGCGACCGCAUCGAGGUUCUGGUUGGCAAGGAUAAGGGCAAACAGGGUAUUGUCACCCAAGUGAUUCCCGAGCGUAACUGGGUCAUUGUGGAGGGCCUCAACUGGCACUACCGAAAGGUGGGCGGUGAAAAGGAGUUCCCCGGCAUCAUAAUUAAGUCCGAGUCACCGUUGAACGUAACCAAGGAUAUUCGUCUUGUUGAUCCCUCCGAUCUGCAGGGCACAGAUUUUGAAUGGCGCUUUACGGAGGAGGGCGAAAAGGUGCGCGUUUCUUUGCGAUCGGGCAGAAUCAUCCCAGUACCAGAAACAAACAACCAAACCCACGACUACAAAACGCCAAAUGCUUAUAUCGAAAGGGAAAAGGAUACACCAGGAGCUGUGGUGGGUGAGAUCACCUUCCAACCCAAGUUGUCCACCUUUGAGAUGGACAUUAUGGAGGAAAUGGGCAUCAAGGAGGAACGCACGCCCGCCAAGAGCUAUUGGUAUUAAUGUUAUGCCUAUUGUUUAUUAAAGUAAUGUACAAAAAACACA